AGAUACGUCAUUCCGCCGAGUAAUCUCUCAGGUCAACUUCUUUGGCCACAACUAGAAGGGGCCAGUCAUCAGCUUCACACAUCACCAUGGACAGCAAUUUGACAACCAUAUUCGACCAGUCAAUCUUAGAAACCUGAUUGGAGCGCAGCAUGACAGAGGAAGGCAGCAUCUUCCAUCUGUGGCCAGUCUAUAUCGCCAAUCCUAAUGAUUCUGACUUCCAAUCGUGUAUAGCGCAGGAUGAAGAACCGUUGAAUUUCUGCAGAUUCGUGGUUUGCGGCUUGUUCAUCAACCUGGUCGGCCUGCUUGGUCUGAUAGGAAACAUAAUCUCUAUGAUCAUCUUGUCCAGGCCGCAGAUGCGAUCCAGCAUAAACUACCUGUUGAUCGGCCUGGCUAGGAUAGACACCGUGCUGAUUGUGACAAGUAUUCUGCUCUUCGGACUGCCUAGCGUUUACCCCUACAGUGGACUCUUCUUCACGUACUAUUACAUUGUCUUUCCUCAUAUCGCACCAUUGGCAUAUCCCUUGGCAAUGGUGAGCCAAACAGCAUCUGUCUACCUCACAGUCACAAUUUCGUUAGAAAGAUUCGUUGCGGUCUGUUUCCCCCUCAAAGCAAAAUCGCUGUGCACCUACGGUCGAGCCCGCAUAUACGUCAUAGCCAUCGUCAUAUUCUCAGUGUUAUACAACGUACCAAGGCUGUUCGAAGGUACAGUCCAGCAGGAAUAUGAUCGGAAACUAAACAUCACGAUCUAUUGUCCGUCAAUCAGCAAGCUUCGCAGCGAUCCUCAGUACAAGAGGAUCUACGUUCAUUGGCUCUACCUCAUCUGUAUGUACCUGUUGCCAUUUCUCGCGCUGGCCAUUCUGAACGGGUGCAUCUAUAAGCAGGUAGUCAACCCUCCUACGGUUAGUUAAGAGUCAAAAAACGGUUCGUUUGUGCAUGCGGAUUUUUAUUUGUUUUGGCAGUUUUCUCUACUAACAGCACUCUUCAUUUUCAACCUAUACCGCAGGUUCACAUUUUUUAAAUAUUUGUCCUAAUUAAUUGCGUUGCUUUGAAAGAAUCUAAUGUUUUAUUGUAUGUAGUCUAGUAUUUGUAUACUAUUAGUAAUCAAACUACUAUCGAA